AUGGCAUCAAUCCCAAAUUUCGAUGACCUUCCUCCGGUCGAGGGCAUGCCACAAGGCUGUGCCUGGGGUAUUUUCGACAAAGAUGGAAAAAAGGAUGUUCUGGGAACGCUCAAUUUACUUACCCCGGAAGUCGUCAAAGAUGCUGCUAUGGAGGUUCGCCAAGGCCUAUCCAUUUCACUGAACUGGCCCAUCGGAAGCAUCAAAAUACCAAGUUUCUUUCGAAAAAGCCUCUGCCAUAAUGUCAUGAAACUGGAAGACCCAGCAUCUGGCUGCCACUUUGGCUUUGAUGACGAGAUCGAGUUCAAUACCCAAGCCAGCAGCCAGUGGGAUAGUUUCACUCAUUUCAUGCACCUCCCAACUGGCCUCGCUUACAACGGAGCGAAGCCAACAAUUGGAGCAUUUCAAUCUCCGGAAGAUGCUCGAGAUCUCCCAACAUUAGACCAUUGGCACCAACGCGGCUGUGUCACAGGCCGAGGCGUACUCCUUGACUUCAAAAGUUACGCCGAAGCUCACCACCAGACAUAUGACCAGUUCUCCGGUUACCGUAUCGGGACAUUUGAGCUGGAAGAUGUGGCUGAAUGGCAAGGGGUGAGCUUCCGGCCCGGGGAUAUCCUCCUAAUCCGAUUCGGCGUUACUGAGACCUUAGGUCGGAUGACGGGCGUGGAGCAGGGCGCUGCGAUGAGCACCCGUAGCAUGUGUGGGCUGGAAGGGACUAAAGAAAUGGCGCGCUGGCUUUGGAAUCAGCAUUUCGCUGCGGUGGUUAGCGAUAACAUGGCUGUCGAGGCCAUGCCGCCAGUUAUCGACGGUGUCGAGCAGCCUAGCCACGAGCUCGUGCUGCACCAAUGGUGUCUGAGUCUGCUUGGUAUUCCUCUUGGUGAGCUGUGGGAUUUGAAGGCGUUGGCAGAUGCUUGCAAGGCUAGUAAGCAGUAUUCUUUUCUGCUUACCUCCUCGCCCCUGAAUUUCCCCGGUGCCGUCGGGAGCCCACCCAAUGCACUAGCCAUCCUGUGA